AUGGCAACCAACACUGUAAGCUUGAAGCUCUUGAUUGACACAAAGGGCCACAAGGUUCUGUUUGCUGAAGCAGGCAAGGACUUUGUGGAUUUCGUUUUCACGCUGCUGGCUUUACCUGUUGGAACUGUGAUUAGGCUCCUCUCUAAGGAUAACAUGGUGAGCAGCUUAGGCAAGCUUUAUGAUAGUCUUGAACUUCUUAAUGACACGUAUAUGUUACCUAAUCUCAACAGGGACACAUUGCUGAAACCCGAGGCACCAAUUGGUGGUGCUAAUGUUCCUCAUCUGUUGACCAAUGAUGAAUCAUUGGCUAAAAUGGUGUACAUGUGUGGGAGCUACCACCGCUUUAUAGCUGACGAUCCUAGAGCCAUUUGCCCACAGUGCAAAUAUACUCUCUCUACCGAGGUGCCUUAUGUUGCAGCACAGGCUAUCACGGAAGGAUCGUCUGGUGGUGGAGGAGGGUAUGUGAAAGAUGUUGUUACAUACAUGAUAAUGGAUAAUUUGGAAGUGAAGCCUAUGUCUACCAUAUCGUGUAUAGCUAUGUUGAACAGGUUCAAUGUUAAGGAGGUUGGUACCCUUGAAGAGAGGAUGGUUCUUCUAGGCAUGGAUGAUGGUCUGAAAUUGCUCAAGGCAUCAUUGGAGUCUAACGCAGUUCUCACCAAUGUCUUCCUUGAGAAGAAAGAGGAGUAA